GCGAAUCUACUAGAACUGUAUAUAUUAAACUUCGGGGGAAGGCAUAGUUCGACUCAUAUCUCUCUCAAUGGCGGGUCGUGGCAAAACUCUCGGAUCCGCGGCUGCGAAGAAGGCCACAACGAGGAGUAGCAAAGCCGGCCUCCAAUUCCCGGUGGGUCGAAUCGCUCGUUUCCUGAAGAAAGGCAAAUACGCCGAACGCGUCGGCGCCGGAGCUCCCGUCUACUUAGCCGCCGUUCUCGAGUACCUCGCCGCUGAGGUAUUGGAAUUGGCUGGAAACGCGGCGAGGGACAACAAGAAGACGAGGAUUGUUCCGAGGCAUAUCCAGCUGGCGGUGAGGAACGACGAGGAGCUGAGUAAGUUGCUGGGAGAUGUGACGAUUGCUAAUGGAGGCGUGAUGCCCAAUAUUCACAACCUUCUUUUGCCCAAGAAGGCUGGCGGUUCGUCGAAGCCAUCUGGCGAUGACGAUUGAUCAAUCAAUCAAUCAUGUUGUUCUUUUUCGUUUUCUAGAUCAGAGUGAAUGUUCAUAUGCUUCAGUUUCUAAUGAAUUCAAGAUUCAUACGGUUCUUUUUUCUUCAAUGUUUUUGGGAUUUUCAAUUGAAUUGUUAAAUUCUUGUUCUUUAAAUCAUAGACUGCAGUGGGUUUCUCUU